UGUCUUUCCUUCCUUUCGGCGGAUCAGCGUAGAUCGAAGCGGCGAAACGAGGAGCUGAAGCUGAUUCAUUCUGUGGUAACAACGACUUCAUCGGCUGAUUCAGGAUGGACUCGUCUUUGAGCGCAGCUCAGAUCCGUCAGAAGUUCGUCGACUUUUUCAUCCGCAACGAGCACCAGUAUGUCCACUCCUCAUCCACCGUCCCACUGGAUGACCCCACGCUGCUGUUCGCCAACGCUGGCAUGAACCAGUUCAAGCCCAUCUUUCUGAACACCAUCGACCCGUCCCACCCCAUGGCCAAGCUGAGGCGUGCAGCCAACACGCAGAAAUGCAUCCGCGCAGGAGGUAAACACAACGACCUGGACGACGUGGGGAAAGACGUUUACCAUCACACCUUCUUCGAGAUGCUCGGCUCCUGGUCCUUUGGGGACUACUUUAAGCAUCUGGCCUGUAAGAUGGCUCUGGAGCUGCUGACGCAGGAGUUUGGUAUUUCCAUUGAUCGACUGUAUGUCACCUACUUUGGAGGAAACGCUGAAGCGGGUCUGGAGCCGGACCUGGAGUGCAAACAGAUCUGGGUGGACCUUGGGGUGGAGGAGGUCCGGGUCCUGCCGGGGAGCAUGAAGGAUAACUUCUGGGAGAUGGGCGACACUGGCCCCUGCGGUCCCUGCAGUGAGAUCCAUUACGACCGGAUCGGAGGGAGAGACGCCUCUCACCUGGUAAACAUGGACGACCCCAACGUGCUGGAGAUCUGGAACCUGGUCUUCAUCCAGUUCAACAGAGAGUCCGAGACGGAGCUGAAGCCGCUGCCCAAGAAGAGCAUCGACACGGGGAUGGGUCUGGAGCGCCUGGUGUCCAUCCUCCAGAACAAGAUGUCCAACUAUGACACCGACCUCUUCCAGCCUUAUUUUGAGGCCAUUCAGAAGGGUACGGGGGCUCGGUCUUACACUGGUAAAGUCGGGGCCGAUGAUGUAGACGGGAUCGACAUGGCGUACCGUGUCCUCGCUGACCACGCCCGCACCAUCACCAUCGCCCUGUCAGAUGGCGGCCGGCCCGACAACACAGGAAGAGGCUACGUGUUGAGGAGGAUUCUUCGUCGUGCGGUCCGUUAUUCACAUGAGAAACUUGGAGCUAAGCGCGGUUUCUUCGCGUCUCUUGUGGACGUCGUGGUCGAUUCACUGGGCGAGGCCUUCCCCGAGUUAAAGAAGGACCCCGACAUGGUGAAGGACAUCAUCAACGACGAGGAGGCGCAGUUCCUCAAGACCCUCAGCAGGGGGCGCCGCAUCCUCGACAGGAAGAUCGUGAGCCUGGGAGACUGCAGGACCAUCCCAGGCGACACGGCCUGGCUGCUGUACGACACGUACGGCUUCCCUCUGGACCUGACCUCGCUCAUCGCUGAGGAGAAGGGCCUGGGGGUGGACGUGGCCGCCUUCGAGGAGGAGAAGAAAGCUGCGCAGCUGAAGUCUCAGGGUAAAGGUGCCGGAGACGCCGACCACAUCAUGCUGGACAUCUACGCCAUCGAGGAGCUGAGGAACAAGCAGGUUCCUGCCACAGACGACUCUCCCAAAUACAGAUACUCGUCGGACGAGAACGGGAACUACGAGUUCCAGCAGACCUCGGCCACGGUCCUGGCUCUGCGCCGCGACCGCGCCUUCUGCGACGAGGUCACCACGGGUCAGGAGUGCGGCGUGCUGCUUGACCAGACGUCGUUCUACGCCGAGCAGGGAGGACAGACGUUUGACGAGGGCUACAUUCUGCGCGAGGACGACAACACGGAGGACCGGAUGGAGUUCACGGUGAAGAACACGCAGGUCCGUGGCGGUUACGUUCUCCACAUCGGGACCGUUUAUGGAGCUCUGAGGGUUGGAGACCGAGUGACUCUGCAAGUAGACGAGGCGCGCCGGCGGCCCAUCAUGAGCAACCACACGGCCACGCACAUCCUGAACUUCGCCCUGCGGGGGGUUCUGGGGGAGGCGGAUCAGAGAGGGUCCCUGGUCGCCCCCGAUCGUCUGCGCUUCGACUUCACAGCUAAAGGUGCUCUGAGCACGGGCGAGGUCCGUCGGACCGAGGAGAUCGCCGGCGCCCUGAUCAGAGACGCAAAGCCGGUGUACGCCAUGGAUGCUCCUCUAGCAGAGGCCAAGGCCAUCCAGGGUCUGCGAGCCGUGUUCGACGAGACCUACCCCGACCCGGUCCGGGUGGUUUCCAUCGGGAUCCCGGUCCAGGAGCUGCUGGACGACCCCAAUAGUCCUGCAGGGUCCCAGACCUCCAUCGAGUUCUGUGGUGGAACCCAUCUGCAGAACUCGAGUCACGCCGCGCCGUUCGUCAUCGUCUCGGAGGAGGCCAUCGCUAAGGGCAUCCGCCGCAUCGUGGCCGUGACGGGAGCAGAAGCCCAGAAGGCCCAGAGGAAAGCCGACGCCCUGCUCCAGGCUCUGUCCGCUCUGGGAGACAAGGUGAAGCAGCAGACGGUUCCGAACAAAGACCUGCAGAAGGAGAUCGCAGACCUGACCGAGUCGCUGGGCACCGCCGUGAUCUCUCAGUGGCAGAAGGACGAGAUGAGGGACACCCUGAAGGGUCUGAAGAAGACCAUGGACGACCUGGACCGCAGCUACAAGGCCGACAUUCAGAAGAGGGUUUUGGAGAAGACGAAAGAGGUGAUCGAGAACAACCCCAACCAGCCGCUGCUCGUCAUGGCGAUGGAGACCGGAGCCUCAGCAAAGGCUCUGAACGAGUCCCUGAAGCUGCUGAAGUCCCAGUCCCCUCAGACCGCCACCAUGCUGUUCACCAUCGACCCCGAGGCCGGAAAGAUCACCUGCCUGUGCCAAGUCCCACAGGAAGUGGCGAGCCGCGGCCUGAAGGCCAGCGAGUGGGUCCAGGAGCUGUGUCCCCUGCUGGACGGGAAAGGAGGCGGUAAGGACAUGUCUGCCCAGGCCACGGGCAGGAACACGCUGUGCCUGCAGGAGGCGCUGCAGAUGGCCAACGAGUUCGCUCGGCUCAAACUGGGAGAAAACUGAGAGGAGACGAGAAAAACAAAUCGUCUUUUCUUCGUCCCGAAGGUCCGACGAGCAGCAGGCAGCAGGAAAUGAGCCACUCGUAUUUAUUUUAGACCUGAGUCACCUGACUUCCUGUCAUCAGUCAGGGCGGAGCUUGAGUUUCAUGCACUUUGACCUGAGAGGACAAUAGAUGCGUCCCUGCAUGACCAGAGAAAAGGACGUUUGCUUCAGCCUCUCUGUAAAUAACGCCUCCAAUUCAUCCUCACAAACAAACAUGGCCCCCGGCCUGUGGCCCAGUUCACCCCCCACCCCCGAGGCACUUUAAGGCUCCAGCCUAAUCUGUUUCCUGUGUGAUGGACACCGGUUUGUAGCGGAGCUGAGACGGUGUAAAAUGAUAAGGAACGUGCGUCUCUUCCUGUUCUGACGUUGAUUUUAAACAGUUGUGAUGGUCGUAGCUGCAAGACGUUAAACUCCACGAAUAAACCUGAUCAACGACA